AUGGCAUCCGCUGAAGUACCCGAAUGUCCUAUCUGUCGUGAGCUUUAUGAUCAUCAAGAUCUUUGUCCUCGGCUUCUCAUUUGCGGUCACACCUUCUGUACAAGCUGCCUAGAGAAGUUAGUCAAGAAUAAUUCCAUUUCUUGCCCAGACUGCAGAAAAAAAACGUCUGUUCCCACUGGUGUCGCAGGACUGACAAAAAAUUAUGCAUUAUUGAAAAUUGGUAACACCACACCUCAAGACGUAGAAGGUUUGCAUAACUGCGAAGAGUGUGAAACCAAGCACCCUGCAACCUCUUGGUGCCUGGAUUGCGAUUACGAUAUGUGCAAAACUGCAGCUCACUUUCACACUCGUAACAAAGCGAGUCGUGACCACAAAAUUGUUUCCUUGGAGCAAUUGGCUGUGUCCGUUUUCUGCUCUGAACAUAAAGAACAAUUCCGCUUGUUCGAUGCAGAAUGCAAUCACAUGGUCUGUAAGAACUGUGUUACUCUGACGCAUAAGAACCACAGGCUUCUAUCUUUAGCUGACGUUGGUUCAAAGUAUAAACAGGAGAUGGAAACGCUCGCAUCCCAAGCAAGUGCUCGAGCAGAGGUGAUUAAAGAUGCAGAAACUCGGGUGAUAAAUGCAAGUCUUAACAUGAAAAAAGCGUACGAUGAACAGCGGGCCAAAAUUCAAAGCGUAUUUAAAACAGUGAGUUUGUCUUUGUUUCAUGUGAAUUAAGGUGACUCGACCCAGUUUUUUUGGGGGGGUACCAUCCUACUUUGAAGCUCUCUGGUAUCCCCACCUUUACUUUUAUCGUAAGUCUAACACAUAGAAUAGAUAACAUACAGAUCAAUCUACAAUAUAACAUAAAAUUUUUGGCGAUCGGAGUAAAUGUCACGUGGUUAUAAUGCCACGCCCCUUUGAGGUCUGAGUCGAAAAUCUGCUGUUACCGGCAUUUUUUCGUGAAAAUCUCUCUGCUACACAUAGUGCGCAUUAGUGCCUUGCGCUGAACAGAGUUUCACCAAAAUCGCAAAGACCCAAUUCGAGAAAUUCAGCGGUUUCCAAAUUUAGAUCAUAAUUAAUGCGAAAAUGGUAAGCAAACUUUACACGGAUUAUAUCUUAUAAACUAUGAGACUCAUCUCUUUAUUUUGGGCAUCCUUAUAACAGAUGGGUCCUUGCAAGUCAGCAAAACGCUUUAGGGCCUUGUAAAUGCGCGCGAUUUCGAGCAAAGCAAACAUAUAGAAAUUAUAGUUUUCGCUAUUUGUUGACGUUUGUCAGCGUUUAAGAGUCCUUCUCACGAAAAAAGCAUUUUCUUGAAAAUUCGUAGUUUUUUUUCCUUCAAAGUUUUUCAGGGCCACAAUUGAUUAACUAACUACCCGGACUCUGAAUUUCAUGGUCAUUGAAAAACUGUGACAUUAUCUUCUGUAAGCCCAAACUUGAGUAAACAUUGAAGAUUUUUAGCGUUUUGGCUGAGUUUGUGCUUUGGGAGUUGUCUAUUGUUUCUAGUCUGUCAUGAUACAGCAUUCUUGUUCAGCACGCGUGCAAUGACCACGCUUGGCUGACUUCCGAAUGCUCACCGAGAUACUACCGUCACGAGUUGGUUUAAUUAUUGGCUUGCAUUAAACCUAUGAAAAAAUGAUAUUUUUUUAAUAGUAAGUAGAUUUAGUGUGUAGCACUUCUUGAAUUUUUUGCAAAGGCACAAGAAGCACGACAAUUGAUUAAAAAAUGUGAGUUAAACCUCUAUGUAUCACACGGUGGCCUGUCUCACUGUACCAAAAUUAUUAUAUCUCGGUGAGCAUUCGGAAGUCAGCCAAGCGUGGUCAUUGCACGCGUGCUGAACAAGAAUGCUGUAUCAUGACAGACUAGAAACAAUAGACAACUCCCAAAGCACAAACUCAGCCAAAACGCUAAAAAUCUUCAAUGUUUACUCAAGUUUGGGCUUAUAGAAGAUAAUGUCACAGUUUUUCAAUGACCAUGAAAUUCAGAGUCCGGGUAGUUAGUUAAUCAAUUGUGGCCCUGAAAAACUUUGAAGGAAAAAAAACUACGAAUUUUCAAGAAAAUGCUUUUUUCGUGAGAAGGACUCUUAAACGCUGACAAACGUCAACAAAUAGCGAAAACUAUAAUUUCUAUAUGUUUGCUUUGCUCGAAAUCGCGCGCAUUUACAAGGCCCUAAAGCGUUUUGCUGACUUGCAAGGACCCAUCUGUUAUAAGGAUGCCCAAAAUAAAGAGAUGAGUCUCAUAGUUUAUAAGAUAUAAUCCGUGUAAAGUUUGCUUACCAUUUUCGCAUAAAUUAUGACCUAAAUUUGGAAACCGCUGAAUUUCUCGAAUUGGGUCUUUGCGAUUUUGGUGAAACUCUGUUCAGCGCAAGGCACUAAUGCGCACUAUGUGUAGCAGAGAGAUUUUCACGAAAAAAUGCCGGUAACAGCAGAUUUUCGACUCAGACCUCAAAGGGGCGUGGCAUUAUAACCACGUGACAUUUACUCCGAUCGCCAAAAAUUUUAUGUUAUAUUGUAGAUUGAUCUAUAUGUUAUCCAUUCUAUGUGUUAGACUUACGAUAAAAGUAAAGGUGGGGAUACCAGAGAGCUUCAAAGUAGGAUGGUACCCCCCCAAAAAAACUGGGUCGAGUCACCUUAAAUUAAACUCAUUUGAUAUGGCGGUAACUAGACCUUGGCUUCAAGAAUCUCGGAAAGCAGCACAAAGUCUGGUUACUCCCCAACCUAGCUGUUUAUCUGCUCGCCCAGGGUUCUAUCUAGGGUAUUUGAGGGGUAGAAGCUUCCCCCCCCCCCAAAAAAAAAUAUUGUUAUCAUUACAGUAUUUUUAAAUUACUAAAAGUAACUAUAUCGGAAAAAUCAUCCAGAUGCGACGAGGUCAGUGCACAUGAAACAAGUAUUCCCUGUCUAAGGACGUUAUAUGACAAGGGACAUGGAUCACGAGUAUUACAAGUGUCGUCGUUAAGUUUAUUUAUUUUAUUCACGUACUAACAAGUCAACGAGCAUGUAUAAAUAUUUGUGCAAUUAGACAUGUCGGGUAACUCUUCUGUUCACGUUAGCAAAUAUCGGAGCUAAAUGUGUAGUGUCAGAACGUGAUCUCGACCAAAAAGUAGAAUAAAAUACCACCGUAACAUUUCUCAAAAUUGUCUCAAAUGCACCAGAUUGCAUCUCAGCGCCUAUUCAUUUCAAAAAAUUAUCAAGGGGGAAUGUCCCCGGAACCCCCAAGGAAGCUCGUGCCCUUCGGCUACUCGGGAAUUCUCCCCCAAACGAUAAAUCCUAGAUAGAACCCUGCCGCCUAAGUACUGAUCGUUUCUUAGUAACUCCUGAAAUGAUCUACUUUUUUGCUGUUGUUUGUUUAUUUCUUUGUUUUUAUUAUGCCAUAGCUUCAUGACGCAAUCACAACCAGAGAGCAAGAUUUGAUGAAUGAGUUGGAGACACUACACAGGGAAAAGGCAGCCAUACUCACAAAGCAACGAGCCCGCUUGGCUAAUUGUCAAGACUGCAUAAAGGCUACCGUCCAAAGCGUUUUAUCGACGAUCCAAUCCUCUGAUAACGCUAAUAUCCUUUACGUCAGAUCCGCUGUAGAGUCUACACUCGAAGCCGCCACCGAAAACCAAUACCUAUUGCUUGAGCCAGAAGCCCAGUUUGUACCAGAGUUUACCCGCUGUGAUGAAAGGAAGUUACAGCGAGUGGUAGUUGCACUCAGUAAUGUGGGUGUGGUCGUGGACAAGUCCACGUGUGCAGAAACAACUACAGCUGCUGGUUCGGGUCUUGAACACGCAAAUCCGGGGGAGGUGGCGUCUUUCACUAUCACUGCUCGUGACGCUAAAAAUCGCGCGCGCGAUCUUGGUGGCGACACUUUUGAAGUUCAGCUCAAAAACGAAUUAGAAGAUAAAGUUAGCGCGGAUGUUCAGGACAAAGGAGAUGGAAAUUACCUGGUAACUUACACUAUCCCUAGAGGUGCUAAGCGGGUUGAUUACGAAUUGAGCGUACUCUUACGGGGUGCUCCCAUUCAAGGAAGCCCUUUUACCGUACACAUGGCAUCGUCACUACGCCGCAAGACUUACAAAGUGUUGUCCGAUGUAGCCAGUAAAAUAACUCAACAUUAGUUAGAGCAUUCGACUUCUGUGCGUCAAUUCAGGUUGUUUUACGACAGCUUGAUUUUCCAAGUCCCAAUUUUUGCCUUGGAAAUAAGAAACUUUCCCUUUUUUUCAUAUUACUGGAAUACUGCUGAUAGGGACUUUUUUCUUCGAUUUUGCUCUAGGAUUCCUGGUUAAAAAGUACAAACGACUGUAUCAUACAAAUUUUGAGCUUGUAUUGUUUCCACAUUACAAUAGACAAAGAAAACUUUUGUUACAAUGAGAAUCUUCUUCGUUUAGAAUAUCAUCUGUGAGUUGUUGCAUUCAUACUCUUCUCCCUUCCUUUCAUUCACGGGUGAUACAACAGAAAUAAAAGUCUGCGUGCUGGCUAUCUCAUCUGUAUUUUUCUCAAAAAGAAAAAGAACUCAAUGUGUACCUUAAACAAUAAAAAAAGUACUCAAUCUCCACUUUUCAAAAAGGAGAAAAAUUCAGUCUGUACUUUUCAAAAUAUAAAAAGAAGUAGUCAAUCGGUACUUUUCAAAAAAAAAAAAAAAAACUCGGUUAAGACGAACCUCGGGUAGCCAGUGAUCAUGACCACCCUAUACUCUAUUUAGUCCUUCGGGCAAUGUGCACGGUGUAUUAAUGUUAGUCACCCCGUUCCUGUUUCUCACUUUUUUUUCUUCCCCUUUGCUUAAAGUUCACACUUAUUCCUCAAUCGAGAAAGAAUAUGGUCAAAACACUCAUAACAGCGUUAUUUUUUGCGUUAAAGUUAUGUUAGCAUAUAGCAUCGCCUUUUUUGACAACGUAGUUUUAAAGAUGCUGUAGGAAAAACUGUUUGAAUGCAGAGGUCCACGCAGCGCAUAAAUAUAACUGACUGGUUAAAAAAAAUAAUGAAAAAAUGAACGGUGACAACGUUCCUCACUUGCAGCCAACGACUGAAUUGCGUAGGAACCAGAGAAGUGAGAUCGGACGUCAGCAUGUAAAUAAAGGCGCACUGUUGCAGCCACUUCAGUCCAUGUUUUGAUCACACCUCGCCCACCCAGACCAAUGACGGCACAAGUCAGAUAGACCAUGACAUCGGGGACUAUGUCCUCUACUCUUUUCGAACAAUGUCACGGGCUCUGUCUCGUCCCCUUCCAACUGGAGUACAAGGAUGAAGGAGACAAGGUCAAUGGCUUAAAGUCACCGCCCUCUUGCAAGAUCUCUAAUUAAAGAGAUGCUGUAGCCAGACGUCACGUAAAGAGUAAAAUAAAACAAAACUGGACAUUGAACUGUUUCUAUUUCUAUUUUCAUUGUAUAAUCAUUUACGUAUAUAUUAUUCUAUCUAGUAUUAAUAAUUGUAGUUAAUUAUUAACCACUUAUGUGAGUUUUGAAUUGAUAUUUUAGGAGCCGUUAAAAGAUAUUUUCUCUCGGUAUAGCUCUGGCCUUGAGAAGGCUAAUUUUGUUAGCCCGAAAUAUUGGCCUUUAAUAAAUCAGCCCUUUGCCGUAGUGCCAGCCCUGUAUUCAGUUUUGAGUUAAAGAUGCUGUGAUGGUGAGACCUUGCUGGCUAUGCCAUGCUGAUGAGUUCUAACAAGGACGAACCAGCUGUCCAUGGCUGCCACUACCGCGGGGUGAUAUGGCUGUGCACUUGCGUAGGGUACUGGUCAUACCGCGGAGUUGAUAUUCAGUGCAUAUUUUGGUCUUAGUAAAUGACUCGUACCCAGGGACUGCGCACACUAAUAACCGCGCGCAAGGAAGGUGACUGAGGACGAGGCACCUAUGGUUGAAUAUUUCCAAAGAACCUGUUGUUGAGGCCUCGAAUGUAAUAAAUGACCCUAAAUGUAAUAAAGGUCCUAAGUGUAAUAACUUUUGGCCCCAAAUGUAAUAAAGGUCCUAAAUGUAAUAACUUUUGGCCCUAAAUGUAAUAAAGCGUCUCAUAAUGUUAUAUGUGUAAUAGGUUUUAGCCCUAGAUGUAAUGGAAGUCUUAACAGUAUACUGCAUGUAUGUAGUAUAACAACCCCAAACUUGAUAAAGUCCCUGACUGAAACAUGCGACGGUCUGAUGCGAUAUUAAUUUUAUAGCCACCUGGCGAUUCCCAGGGCGAUUCACUUUCUUCGCCCUAAUGAAGUCUUCAUAGAUAUUCAUAAACUUAGAAAGCGGCUAGAGCGCUCAAGAAGUAGGAGAAACACUUAUAAAUUAACUACGUCUCGAUCGCGUUUCCUACUACAUGAUCCCUACAUCGUAAAACGCGAGUUAUAAACAACUGGAAUCUACACAAAAGUUUUCAAAAGACAGUAGUAAUUUAGUAAUUGAAGGAAGUAUUAAUGUGCAUUAGAAACAGUCGUAGUAAAUUAACUACUUUUGCCUAUGGGUUUUUUUAAUGUUGCGCCAAAAAAAGAAAUGUUUUUUUUUAAAUCAUUUUCCAAAAGAGUAUGUCGGUCGGUCCAUACAGAAUGCUGUGAACACGAAGUUAUAUAUAAACAGCAAGAUAUUGAGGGCAGUAUAUCUUGAUAGUUUUUCGGACUUCCUGACUUUGAUUUUAAUUUCUACCAGGAGUACUUCUUGAAGUGAAUUUUUAUGCUAACUUUUUUUUCCAGGAUUUCACCACAUGAAUAAUAAUAAGUUGUUACUCAAAUGGCUAUAUAGGGGAUCUGCCUGGUGUAUUUAGUGAUUCUUCCCUAGACACAUUCAUGCGCUCAGUUAACCUGUAAUAAGGCUGAAAGCCAACACUAUGAAAUCUUCUUAUGACCAUAAGCAUAAUAAGAGCUGAAAGAAUUACGCUUAGGACCCGUUAUUACAUUUAGGGCCAAAAGUUAUUACAUUUAGGACCUUUAUUACAUUUGGGGCCAAAAGUUAUUACAAUUAGGACCUUUAUUACAUUUGGGGCCAAAAGUUAUUACAAUUAGGACCUUUAUUACAUUUAGGGUCAUUUAUUACAUUUGAGGCCUCAACACUGUUGGCUAAAUUCGAUUUUCUCUCUGUUUUUACCAGUGUGAGCUCGGCGCUGCUUCUGCUGCUGUUUAACUCCAAACGAAGCCUCAGGUCAAUUUUCGUGGAAAGUUGUAGUAUAGAGCGUUUUCACUCACGUGGCCAGCGUCUGUGCAAAUUUAUUUUAACAAAAGAAAGCGUUUACAUAAGAAAAGAGUUUAACUCCCACAGGACUGGUUUGGGACACCAACAUGGCCACCGUUUCAUUGUUUUGCGACACCAAUAUGGCCGCCGUGACGUCAUGUGAAAACACUCUAUAUGCUUCACGUUCAAGCACCCUCCCUCCCCUCCCCUGCAAAAGUAAAAGGGUUUGUCACACGCAGGCUACCUACGUCCCGACAACAACGCCCAACUUCCGCCAGAAGGUUUUGGUACUCAUUCUAUCGAACCUUUUGCCUCACUUAAGGUACGUACAACUUCUUUAAUUAAUAUAUUGCAAGGCAAAGCUUGUUGUCAGAAGGCGGUAGAAUAGACUAAUUCAAGCGUAUUCUGCAUGAUACCGUUUUAUAACCCUUUCACUCGCAAAGUCACAUUCGUUUUGGCAUCAGUUUGAGUCUUGAUGACAUUUUAUCGCUUUUUAUACCAUUUAAUGCUGUGGUUAUAUGACCGUCUGCCGGUCGGAGUUUCCUAAACACUUAAUGGCUGUAACCUGAUAUGAACAUCUAUAGGAUAUUGCUUAUCUACUAGUUCGCUUUAUCUACCCGCAGAUGCAAGUCUAGAUAUUGGAAUGUAAGACAUUUUUUAGUGAUUAGAAAACCUUGACGGGUUGUCGGUCGCUUAGGCUCUUUGUAAAUUUAAGCUUUAGUGAGUACUGUACUUUGUUUUCAAUUCGAGGCUGCACUUCACUAGUUUAAAGCAUUCUAUAUAUUGUUGGAUUGACUUCAGUGACGACACGGAAAAGUUUUCGGUUCAGUUAUUUUAUCAAUAACAACGAGAGAUUAAUUUUAAGUCAAAGUUCUUCCAGUCGCAUUGACUGUACUGAACACCUCAGACUUAAUGUAUCAGUCUUUCUACUAUUUAUAACGAUUUCAUUUAGAGUUUCAAGUUAAUAGCAAACGUAAGUGUGAAGGCAGUGAAGGUCUAAGCUCAAGUCACUUUACUUUGCAUUUCAAUUAAGUCGAAAGUUGAAGCGAUUCAAGAAAGUUUUGAGCGACGUGCAUUCUUUCAACCGACAUAGCCGACGACAUUAAUUAACUUCGUGGGAAAACGUUACAUUCAAGCUAAAGCUUUACCCCUCUCCCAAUCCGAAGUUAAAUGGUCGCAGCCCAGGCCUAUUUGCAAACAUAUCACAGACAUUGCUAUCUUUGCCCACUGGGUGUUACUAAACAGAGUAACGAGUAACGAGUCACGAGUGACGGAGUAACGAGAAAACGAGUAAGGGUAUAACAAUUCAAGAGGAAAAAAUAAAUAAAUGAAUCCUAAUGAAAGAAAAACCUAAAAAUGGUUGUAAUAUCCUAAUAAUGACCUUUACCAAUCUCGAAAAAUGUGUGUAUUUCAAAAAGUGCUUAAAACAAAGACGUCAACCCCCCCCCCCCCCAACCCUUCUAACCACCCGAAAGGGGUGUCGGUUUGGUCCCCUGAGCCCCCGGAGAUCGAACCCAUCACCUCAUGCUCAACAGCCCAUCGCUCUAAGCUUGCCAACGUGAUUACUUUGUUAACCUGACUGUGAGGUUGGGCCCUUUUAAAAACUUUGAACUUUUCAUGUACCUGGCCUGAAUUUCAUCCGAUUACUUCGAGUCGUUAUUACUCCCCCAGUACUGAGGGAGUAAUAACGACUCGAAGUAAUCGGAUGAAAUUCAGGCUAUUCAUGUACCGAACUUAUUACUCAUUUGGGUCGACCCCACGACGAUGACUGCGAGCAGUCUCUCUCACUCUGUUUUUUUUUUCAGAUUUAAUAAUAAGGGCAGUGCAUGCGCGCGCGAGCGUCUCUUCCGUCUCGCGUCUUUCAUCAGGCACGUGGUCAUUUUCGUGUCUGGCGCGUUGAGUUCGACAGACUACGAAAAAAAGAGAGAUGUUCAUAGCCUAAAAAUUCGACUGUUGACUCAAACGCUUUCUAAUCAAAAUAAAUUAUAGUAGCUUUUGCAUUAAGAUUCGGCACAUAAAAAAGUUCGACAUUUGAAACGAGGUCGCUCUACAGUUCGACAGAGUCGAAAUUCAUGUGGACCACUCGAACUUAAUGUACAUCGAUUUAGUCUUUUCACGUACUAACUGAAAGAAUUAGA